CCCAGCCCAGCUCGGCUUCACCUGGCACACGUCGGCACAGCUCGGCACAGCUCGGCUCGACCAUGCCGCGGUUCAGCGUGGCUGAGACCAGGCGGUGGGGAGAUCAGUUCGUGCAGUUCCUGCAGGACACGGGCCGGCAGCAGGAGCGUCAACGGGAAACUCUGCGGAUCAUCUACAACGUGGAGUUCCGGGGCAGGACUGACACAAAGAUUCCCAACUUCUCCUCCACUUUGUAUGCCCUGAGGCUGACCCAUCGGGCAGUGGUGCAGGGGCAGGUGGUGGAAUUCAAGAAGGUGAAGAGGCGCGUGGUGGUGGCAGACCAGUACCGGAGACCCAGGGCAGAUGCACAGACAUCAAAGCCCACCUCUGGCUCGGGGCAGCAGCCCAGCUCCACUGCACAGACGCCCCAGAGCUACGCCCAGCGGCGCGCCGAGCACAUCCGUGGGAAGCACGGCGUGGACAUCGUCUCGGAGCACGACCAGGGCAACGGGGAGAUCCGCUUCCCGGUGACGAGGGGCAAGGCCCGGGUGAUCUCUGUCACGGUGCAGAACCGCGGGGCGCAGGCGGUGACGCUGCGGCGGCUCCUGCCAAGCUGCCGGUCCCGCGUGCUCUCCUUCAGCGACCAGCAAGGGGUGACACAGGGACAGUCUCUGGUGCUCCACCCAGGUGCCACGUACCCCAUCCAGGUGCGGUGCCUCACCAGGAGGAACGGGCACUUCCCCGCCAUGCUGGUGUUCGAGUUCAUCAAGGAGCCGGACGAGCCCUUCAGCAUCUCACGCUACGUCACUGCCAUCGCCCAGAGCCAGCUGGCCAAGGACCUGGGGCCCUCGGCACCCUACCAGCCUUACCAGGACAGCCUCCAGCGCCCUGUCACUGUCAUCACCGAUGAAGGCUUCCCCCCCAACAGCUCCCUGAAAAACGAGCUGGAGAGGGAAAUCCCUCUGGACACCUACCAGUACCCAAAGAACCUCAAGCACACGAUCCUGCUCGGACCCGACACCAGUGCCGGCUCCAACUGGACUGACAUGUGCUCGCUGCUGGAAGCACCUCUGCAGGCUGACAACUACCAAGAGAAGUUCCAGCUGCUGCUGUACCUGGAGGAGAUCCAGAUGGAGGUGGACAUCCGGCGCUACGACAUGCAGGACGUGACCAUGGUGCAGGACAGGGGCCUGCUGGUCCUCAGUGUGCCCGGCGUGACCGAGAACCGCCCGUCCGUGCUGAGGGGGGACCACCUCUUUGUCCACCCGAGCAGUGAGCGGAACCGCUCCCCGCUCGUCCAGUACAAGGGCUACGUGCACAGCGUGGAGCUGGAUAAGGUCAAGCUGGGCUUCUCCCGCAAGAUGCUGAGUAAGUUUGUGAACAACCUCAAGUUCGACGUGACCUUCACCUUCAGCCGGCUGCCGCUGCAGGUCCAGCACCGGGCUGUGGUCCUGGCCAUGCCCCGCGGCUUGUCCAGCCUCCUCUUCCCCUCCGCCUCCUGCAACAUGUCCCUCUUCCCAGGCCCCUUCCAGCCCCGGUGGUUUGACCGCAAACUGCAGGCGAACGAGGAGCAGUGCAGGGCCGUGACCCACAUCGUGACGGGGAUGUCCCGGCCGGCCCCCUACCUCAUCUUUGGCCCCCCCGGCACCGGCAAGACGGUCACUGUGGUGGAGGCCAUCAAGCAGGUGUGGACGUGCUUCAAGGACGCUCGGAUCUUGGCCUGCGCCCCUUCCAACAGCGCCGCAGACCUGCUGUGCCAGCGCCUCAUCGUGGACAUCGCCCCUCGGAACAUCUACAGGCUCAUCGCCAGCUCCAGGAACUACAGGGAGGUGCCCGCUGAUAUCAGGCCCUGCUGCAACUGGGAUGACGAGCAGAGCGUCUACGUGUACCCGAGCAAGGAGUACCUGAUGCGCUACCGCAUCCUCGUCACCACGCUGGUGCCAGCAGGAAGGCUGGUGUCAGCCAACUUCCCCCCUGGGUUUUUCACCCAUGUCUUCAUCGACGAGUGUGGCCACGCAGUAGAGCCCGAGAGUGUGGUUGCCAUCGCCGGGCUCCUGACUCCCAUGGACGAGAAGACCAACCCCAAAGGGGGGCAGCUGGUGCUGGCAGGAGACCCCAAGCAGCUGGGCCCUGUCCUGACCUCCCCACUGGCCAUGGAGCAUGGCUUGGGCACCUCGCUGCUGGAGAGGCUGAUGCUGCACAACCCCCUGUACCAGAAGUCCAGCGAAGGAUACGACCCACAGUUUGUCACCAAACUGCUCUGCAAUUACAGGUCCCACGAGGCCAUCCUCAGGAUCCCCAACGAGCUCUUCUACGACAGCGAGCUGAAGGCGUGCGAGGGUGACGGGCUGGAUGUCCGGAAUUUCUAUUGCAACUGGGAGGAACUUCCCAAAAAAGGCUUCCCCAUAAUCUUCCAUGGGGUCUGUGGGGAAAACCAGAGAGAGGAGAAGAGCCCCUCGUUCUUCAACACGUCUGAAAUCGAGGUGGUGGUCGACUACCUCAAGAAGCUGCUGCAGAGCCAGGGCAAGAAGGGCUGUCCCACUGUGUCCCCCAAGGAGAUCGGCAUCAUCUCUCCCUACAGGAAGCAGGUGGAGAAGAUUCGGAGAGCCAUCACUUCCCUGGACCCCGUCCUGAAGAAGCUGGCGGACAUCAACCAGCUGAAGGUGGGCUCCGUGGAGCAGUUCCAGGGCCAGGAGCGGCGCAUCAUCCUCAUCUCCACCGUGCGCAGCUUCAGCACGAACCUGUGGUUCGACGAGACCUUCAGGCUGGGCUUCCUCAAGAACCCCAAGAGGCUCAACGUGGCCCUCACCAGGGCCAAGGCUCUGCUGAUCGUGGUGGGCAACCCGACCGUGCUCAGCGAGGACGAGCACUGGAACAGGUUCCUCACAUACUGCAAAGAAAACGGUGGCUACACAGGAUACCCCUCCGAGGAUGAGGGCACAGACCAGGACAGACUCAUUGACGGCCUCCAGGGGCUGCGGCUCAACAAUUAACAGCCAGCUCAGGGGCCAGUUCUGCCAUGAGGUUUCUCUGCGGGAAACCCACGUGGGAAAGGAGGAGAAGCCCAGUGAAGCUCCAUCCCCCUCAGCCUGUCCCCUGGCCUGCAGCAGCCCUUGCACUCCCCCUGCCUCCGUGCCUUCCUGCAGAGCUGGGGCUGAACCCACCGGACCAGAGGAUACUGCUGAGCCUUUUCUGGCAGCCAGGAGCCCUGGCACAGACCACAGAGCAACCCCCUCCCCUUACAGAGCGGGACCACCCAAGGACUGGACUGGGACCAUUCUCCAUU